AUGGCCCUGUCGAGUCGGGGAUUAAAAAAGCAUCUGCCGAAAUGUGCUAGAGACCAUCCGACGUGUCUUGUUGGUUCAUGGAACCUGCUUCUGCUGGGAGGGGGCUGGGGAAGAUGCAAUGGGGGAGAGGAUGCUGGCGGCUUCGGUGUCGGUGGGAGUGCACCAGAGCGAGUAAAUAGCGAUGAUGAGCACCACGGAUCGGAGGUGCGGCGCGGCGAGUUGGGAGGCCUGCGGAAAGCGAAAGCGGUUGGUGGGUUGGGGAUUCUGGAAGUGGGAAUGGGAAUGGGAAGGCUAUGUUCAUGA